UCAUUACCAAAAUCCUGAAAAUCUGAAAUCCCUUUUACCUUUUCUCCACCUCUUACUCUUCACUUUGCACUAAACACUCUCAUUCUUCUUCUUCUUCCUCCUCCUCCUUUACACCAUUAACACAGAUCCAAAUCUCGUACUCCUUCAGCUCAAGCGAAUCGGGUCGGGUCGGGUCUUUUUUUCAGCUUUGAGAUAUGUGGAUGAGCAAAAUGUGGUUACAGCAACUGGAUGAAUUCGAUUUGAGGUUCAUGGAUACUGAUAAUUUGACCUCACAACCUCAGCAUUACUCCUAAAACUUGAAAGGCGUUUCUCGAUUUUUCAGUUUUUCGAGGACAACCACAAUACUGACAGCAUAGUGGCUUUCAAUCAGUUGAAGGUUUCCUCAUGAGAAUCUACUACACCAAUCAACUUCUACAUUCUCUUUUUGUUGUAGCAACUCUUCUUUCGCUAUGCCUUGGUGAUCUAAACUCGGACAAACAAGCCCUUCUUGACUUUGCUGCAGCAGUCCCACAUGGCCGGAAGAUCAACUGGAAUCCUGCCACCCCUAUCUGCUCAUCUUGGGUUGGCAUUACUUGUAGUAAUGAUGGGGCCCAUGUGGUGGCUGUACGACUUCCAGGAGUUGGACUCAUUGGUCUGCUUCCAAAUAAUACUUUUGGGAAGAUGGAUAACUUAAGGAUUAUCAGCCUUCGAUCCAAUCGUCUCAGUGGAAACCUUCCUUCUGCUAUCACUUCACUUCCUUCUCUCCAAUUCCUGUUCUUACAGCAAAAUAACUUAUCUGGACCUAUUCCUGCUUCUUUUUCAAAUAAACUGAAUGUUUUGGACCUAUCUCAUAAUUUCUUCACUGGUAAGAUUCCUGAAACUAUUCAGAAUUUGUCUCAGCUAACUGGUUUAAGCCUCCAGAAUAACUUGCUUUCUGGACCCAUACCCAAUAUUACUCUUCCAAGGCUUAGACAUAUAAAUUUAAGCCACAACAAUCUUAAUGGUUCUAUUCCAUUAUCCCUCCAAAAGUUUCCAAAUUCCUCCUUUGCAGGGAACUCACUCUUGUGUGGACUACCCUUAAAUCCUUGUUCGCCUGUUCUACCACCUUCCCCUUCCCCACCAGCACCUUCCCCAAACACCGAAGAAAAAAGCUCAAAAAAGAAACUUAAACUAGGAGUUAUUCUUGCUAUUGCUGCUGGAGGGGUUGUGCUGGUCUUGCUGCUAGUUGUGAUCAUGAUUUUGUGCUGCCUGAAAAGGAAAAGGGGUGAUGGCAGAGGUGUGCUGAAAGGGAAAUCUUCGGGUGGAGGAAGGAGUGAAAAGCCGAGGGAAGAGUUCGGUAGUGGGGUGCAAGAACCAGACAAAAAUAAGCUGGUUUUCUUUGAAGGCAGCUCUUACAAUUUUGAUCUCGAGGACCUAUUGAGGGCCUCAGCUGAAGUGCUAGGAAAGGGGAGUUUUGGAACUGCUUAUAAGGCUAUUUUGGAGGAGUCAUCUACAGUGGUGGUUAAAAGACUAAAAGAAGUCAUUGUGGGGAAGAAGGACUUUGAACAGCAGAUGGAGAUUAUUGGUAGAGUUGGACAACAUCCAAAUGUGGUUCCUUUACGUGCAUACUAUUACUCCAAGGAUGAGAAGCUACUGGUGUAUGGUUAUUUCUCAAUGGGCAACUUGUCAAUGCUCUUGCAUGGAAACAGGACUCCUGGAAGAACUCCACUGGACUGGGAGUCGAGAGUUAAAAUAUCUCUUGCAGCAGCAAAGGGGAUUGCCCACAUCCAUUCAAUGGGUGGUCCAAAGUUUACUCAUGGAAAUAUAAAGUCCUCGAACGUCCUACUCAAGCAAGAUCUGGACGCUUGUAUCUCAGAUUUCGGUUUAGUCCCUAUAAUGAACUUCCCUGCAGCCCCACAUCGUUAUCCAGGGUACCGGGCUCCUGAGGUGAUAGAAACCCGAAAGCAUAGUCAUAAAUCAGAUGUCUACAGCUUCGGUGUCUUACUACUCGAGAUGCUUACUGGAAAGCAACCAAUGCAAUCACCAGGGCGUGAUGACAUGGUUGACCUUCCUAGGUGGGUCCAAUCUGUUGUCAGGGAGGAAUGGACAUCAGAGGUUUUUGACGUAGAUUUGAUGAGAUUUCAAAACAUUGAAGAAGAGAUGGUACAGAUGCUGCAAAUUGCUAUGGCAUGUGUUGUAAGGGUUGCGGACAUGCGACCCAACAUGGAGGAAGUUGUUAGAAUGAUUGAAGAAGUUAGGCAAUCAAACUCUGAAAAUAGGCAUUCUUCAGAAAGAGAAUAGAUCCUAUUAUUCAAAUGUGCAUACCCCUUGAUUCCUUGGAUUUCUGACUUACAAUUUGUAAGUGCUGAGAAGUGCAUUCCAUUCGAUUCGAUUUGAUUACCCAGUGCAACAACAUACAUGUUUUCUUUCCCUAAAUUUUCCCAUUCAAUCCUAUUGACAAGUGUAUCUAAUGAAAGUGUGGAUUUGUUUUCCUUAGGAUAUAUAGUAAGACAAGUUGAUCUUCCUUUUUCUUUUGGUUUUAAGAACUCGUCAUUUGUUGUAAGAUUUAGAAGGUGUUUGGAUUUUAAACAGUUUUUGGCUUUUAA